AUAGAAACAUACUAAGAAUGUUACAUCACGAAGAGCUCCUGAGAGAAAAGCUUUACUUAAAUUUGUACUGUUUUAAAUUUGUGUACACAGCUGUAGAGAUUCUGCUAGUGGCCGACCAUUUUAAUGAGCUACAACCAGAGCUUGUAACCAUUUCUCAUCAACAAACACUGAGUUGACAUUUUAUCAUGUAAACCAACCGUGUAAGGGCACUUAAGGUCUGUUUUCAGUCUAGUCCAUCAAUAGAAAGGCAUCAUCACAGGACCACAACUGACCAGAUAUUUUGAGUUGUGGAAAACCCGUAGUACAGCCAUGACAUUAACAUGGAAAUGGAAAGUUGGUUUGGUGUGGAGACCGAGGUCCUGCGCAGUCUUUCUGCACUUUUAUUGAGACUCUCUGCGAAGCUUCAAGAGGAUUCUGAUGCACAGACAACACCACUGUGUCUCCAGCUUGCAUCUGAAUGCUUCCGGGCACAGAGAAAUGCCUGUGUGCAAUGUCCUCGCAACCAGUGCUUUCUACGGGAUGAGGGUUGUAUCCAGAUAUCACUAGGGAUUUUAGGAAAGUUGCUUAAGCUUACAUCAGGAGCAUCUGAUCAUCGUCUCGAUGCACUUCGAUGUGGAAUUCAGUUUCUCGGCAAUGCCGCAGUUGGGAACCAACUAUGCAAAGACGACAUUUGGGCCUGUGGUUUUCCACACAUGUUUUUGGAUCUUUUAGAACUGGAUGAUGAGAGAGCUGUGGCAUAUACGUGCAUGGUCAUAUACACCUGUUUGGAUACAAAGAAGACCGAGCAGCUGGGCAUGGAUCCAAUCAAGCUGAAAGUGGCACUGAAGGUCACUGAGCUGUGCCAGACUCUGCCUGACAUUGACUGGACGGUCCUGAUUGUCACACAACAUUUUUUCAAAUCGUCUGAGCUCAUCGAGAUGAUGUAUGCAGAGAUGAAUGAUCAUGAAAGGCUUGUUUUACUGGACCUUGUGUUAGCCCAGCUUGGAGAAGUUAAAGAGGAAGAUUGUGUGAUUCCUUUGAGAACAGCUCAGUUUUUUGCAUCGUCCUUCCAGCACAGCUGCAAGGCUGUUCUCUCUCUCAGCUCUGUCUCAUCAGCUGAUGAGCAGGCCUUGGCAGUGAUCAGGCUUCUGGAUAUUCUCUGUGAUAUGACGUCUGGACAGAGAAAAUUUAUGGCUCUGCAGGAUCACCAAGACCUUCUCCAGACAACAAUUGAGCUCCUGAAGGAAGUGCAUUUUCUAGGGAAAGCCAAUAAAAAUGUGUUCAGUGCAGCGCAGGAUUUCUCUCUCACUUCAUCAGACCAAGCAAGCACACACCCUGCUCUCAGCUUUAAAGCUCACCUCAUCCGGCUGAUUGGAAACCUGUGCCAUGGACACACAGCCAACCAGAACCAGGUCAGAGAACUAGAUGGUAUAGCCCUCAUCCUGGACAACUGCAGUAUAGACAGUAACAAUCCCUUCAUAAGCCAGUGGGCUGUUUUUGCCAUCCGGAACAUUCUGGAGCACAAUGUGGAGAACCAGAAGCUGGUACAGGGCUUAAGGAGGCAGGGAGUGUCAGAUGACUCUGUACUCAGAGAGUUGGGCUUCUGUGUGCAAGAGAGAGAUGGCAACCUGCUCCUCAGACCACUCAAAAAGGAGAAAGAGCAGAGAGAGCACUAAACCUGGAGCACCUAUCUUAUCCCAUCCACUCCUCUGCACUCGACAUCACAUUCUGGAGACAGCUUAAGACACCCACAGAGAACGUUGUGCACACAGAAAACAGAGUGCAUUUUAAUAUCCAAUCAGUACUGAGAACACAAGGGGGUAGGAAAGCAGAGAGAGGGGUACUUUGCUUUGUACUCUUUGCAUAAGAGGAACGCCAAGGGGCUUUUCUGCAGGGACUCAUGCUGGUGCCUGUGAUGCAUUUAGUAUCCUUUGAUUCCAGCUCCCAGUGAAUAGGAUUCAAAUCCUCUGAAACAAGGAGACCCAUGUCUUCCUGGCUUUUCAGCCACCAAAGAAACUCUAGUGACCAGUGGGGAAUAGAGGUUAAUCUCUAAUCCAGUGAGUUUUAUGGAGACCUGGGGCCCCAUUGAUCCGUUCACAUGAGGGUUUCCUCUCAAUAGCCGUGGGACUUGGGUCCCCACUUUUUUGUGUUUUGUUUUUGUGUCAGGUUUUGGCUAGUCACAUAUACAGGGCCACACAGUCCCGGUACUGGUUUUCUCUUUAACAGUUAAAUGAAUACUCACUUAUGUGGCUCUGUAGAGUUUAUUGCAGAUGAAUGGGCUUCUUCUCCAGUGGUUUAAAAGAGUCUGUUUUCACACAAAAUGCCAUCACUUCCUAUACUCUCUACUCCACUACUCGCAUCUAUAUUGUACAGCUCUGACCUAUCAGGUACCUGAUCAUCUUAGUCCCUCUGUUAGCCCAUCAUGUUCGUAUACACAGACAAAAGUCUUUUUUGGCCCAAUCACAUUGCAACCUAUCUUGCUGGAUAGGAUGACACCUCAUCUCCUGCUUAGUCUGGCAGAAUGAACUAAGUGUUCCUGACACACGCAACCCUGUUUGCUCUGCCUCAUAUUUUUUAAUGACAAAAUGUUUGUGUGAAACAAUCGAGGUUGACUUUUCUCCCAAUCCAGGCUAUAGUGUUGGGAGCUUAUGUGGUUCCGGUAGCCAGCGGUUCAGACAGCUAACAAAACACAACUGCUUUACUUCUGCUCCGCUGGCUGCCUGUAAUGCUUUUCACACAAGAAAAGAGCGCUGAGCGAGGGAAUGAGGCGGUGUGGACAACUAUUCAAAUGCUUGCUGGGCAGUACUGGACAGAGCGGAGGGUCGUGCCACGCUAGCAACAAUCACCCAUCACUCAACAGCUCUCAAUUUAGAAAAUGCUUCAUGAACACAAGUUGAUCUGAUUUAAUAUAUUUUAUAUUUAAUGAAUGAUUUCUAUAAAAUCUAUUUCACACUGAAUAGUCAUGAACAAGGGUCACUGAAAUGAAUUCAUUUAUUAACCUAGUAACAUUUCUGCAAUACUACACAUAUAACCAGGCUACAAAAGGAUGAGAUGGAUUUAUGUCAAAGAAGAAGAAAAAAAGAAAUAAUGUAUACAUUAUUAAUAAUAAUUACAUUAUUAAUUUGGGACACAAUUCAUUAAAAUUAAUGAUUCCAAUCCUAAAGAAACAAUGAUAAUAUAUAAUAAAGAAAAUAGUAAUAAUUACUCUUUUUCUGAAUAUACAUGACAUAAAGUGCCGGAUUUGCUUAGUAAAAAAAUAUACUUUCUCAAAUUUGCCAGCCUUAAACCUUGCAUAAACAAUUUUGAAUAAAAGAAUGUCGCUACCCAUGAAUCUUUUCAGCCCCCAGCUGUAUGGUUAGGCAAAUUCCAUUGGCUCAGGAGGAAUAUAGUUGGCUGGGGGGAGUUUGUGCAAGCUGGGCCAGUGAUGUGGAAUCCCAUGUCUCUGGCAUUUGUGAGAAUAUUCUGUGCAUAGUUUGGUCACCCAAUUGCAUGAAGUAUUUUACCAGCUCUCUUGCGCUCCCAUACUUUUUUGCAUGCACAAAAUACACAUUUAUACACUGAGAUGAACAGACAAUGCAGAUCUCAUUGCCACAUUGUGGUGGUUUGAUUCCGUAUAUCAGGGUUCAGCAUUAACCGUUCCCACAAAAGUAUGCAUUUUUUUGGGAGGCCACAACAAAACAGAACAUCACACAUCCCACCACAGCAAUCAGCAACACAUUCAGUGACUCCAUGACAUCUUGUCCAGUUGGCUGUGGACAUAGCUGGCCUGUUUUCUAUCAUUGAGCAGCAAAGAAAAGCAGGGAAAAUAAAUACUCAUCUGCCAACUUUGAAACUGA